ACUGGCUCAGAGAUUUCUUCAUGGCCUCUCAACCAGUACUAACCAAGCCUGGUCCAGCUUAGGCUCAGGUUAUCUUCCCAGACAAGGCUCUCUGGGCCUUGGAGAAACAAGACUCUGGUUUGGCACAUCUGGAGCGGAGCCACGAAGCAAAACUGCAACAUGUUCUGCUUGGAUAGGAAAGGACAAAGUUUAACUCCUUGCACAGUCAUAAGAUCUACCGAUGGCCUUCAGCAAAUCUUGGUUUUACUUUCUGAAGCUGAUACCCUGUUUUAUUAGAUGCAAUUAUUUUAACUACUCAUUAAUAGAUAAACAGGCAAACCUUGGAACUCCCCCCCUUCUCGGCGUGACUAGGACACCUCUCUCUUCUAGGAUGUGGUGGUAUUGCAAUACCAAGCUCCAAGUCUGGCUGCUGCUUUCCUGGCCUCCAUGUUCCAGGGUUCGCUUGAGGAUGCGCUAGUGCUGGACGUGGCCUGUGGCACAGGACUUGUGGCCCAGGAGCUUCAGGCAAAAGGUUUUCGCCAUGUCCACGGCCUGGAUGGCAGCCAAGGGAUGUUGGAACAUGCACGGCACAAAGGACUGUACGAGGAUCUGAAGUUGUGCUUGCUAGGCCAGGAAGCCUUACCAGCUCCUGAAGGCUGCUAUGAUGCUACCGUGAUUGUGGGUGCACUCAGUGAGGGACAAGUGCCCUCUGGUGUCAUUCCCCAGCUUCUUCUGGUCACCAAACCAGGUGGCUAUGUGUGCCUGACCACACGAAACAACACGAGCAAUUUACGAUAUAAGACUGAACUGCAGCGGUUGCUGGAUGAACUGGAGCAGCAAGGAUUGUGGGAAAAGGUUGGGAUGCAGGAAGUUGAAAAAUGGGAGAGAGCGACAUCGGAAGAGGAAUCUGGUCAGGACUCGGAAUAUAUCUCUGGCGUGAUCUACCUAUACCGAAGAAAAUGAGAGUCUGGUUUAAACAUUCUUCAUUCCUCUUCAUGUUGGGAGAUCCUUCAAGGCAGACUCUGGAGCCCCACACAAAAGGCUUGGACCCACCAUGACUUAGCUUCAAGAUCUGUGGGUUUUUUUAAGCAUGGGAAGCAGUAAUAAAGCAGGGUGGACCGUG